AAAAUCAGCUGACGGGGAAAUCCUCUGUAGAAAUGUACAGACAGGUUCUGCUGAGUGGGUGUCGCUGUAUAGAACUGGAUUGCUGGGACGGGAAAGGUGCCGAUGAAGAACCUAUGAUAACUCAUGGAUAUACCAUGUGCACUGAAAUCUCCUUCAAGGAAGUCAUUGAAGCAAUAGCAGAAAGUGCAUUUAAAACAUCAGAAUACCCUGUGAUCUUAUCUUUUGAGAACCAUUGCACACUCAAACAGCAGGCCAAGAUGGCUGCUUACUGUCGCAGUAUAUUUGGUGAUAUGCUAGUAACAGAGCCCCUAGAAGGGUAUCCGUUGAAGCCUGAUUCCUCUCUCCCUUCACCUGAGAUGCUGAAGAGAAAGAUUCUAGUGAAAAAUAAGAAGAAACAUAAAGCAAAAGUGCCUGAUCCAGUGGUAGCCAAUCAGAAAAAUGGUAUCACAGUGACCAGUGCAUUGGUCAACAGUUCCAGUCCUGGCGUCCCCAAUGGUGAGGUCAAGAAGCAGUCAUCGUUAGAUACUGAUCAAACAAUGAAGAAUGGAGAUGACACCUCAGCUGACGGAGAAUUAGAAUCAGAUUCUGACAGUGAUAGUGAUGAUGAUGACAUUGCUGGACUUACUGAAGAGGAAGAGAAGCGGAGGCAAAGGAUGAAGAAAGAAAAGGGCACAGCAGGGUCUGAAGCAGAGGCAGGCCAGGAGAUGUCAGAUUUAGUGAACUAUAUUACACCAGUACAUUUCCAUUCCUUUGAUAUAUCAGAAAAACGAAACAGGAGUUUUGAGGUCUCUUCAUUUGUUGAAACCCAAGCCCUUGCACUUUUGAAGGAAUUUCCAGUAGAUUUUGUCAACUACAACAAGCGCCAGAUGAGUCGGAUCUAUCCUCGUGGCACCAGGGUGGACUCCAGUAAUUAUAUGCCACAGGUCUACUGGAAUGCAGGGUGUCAGCUUGUGGCCCUGAACUUUCAGGUCUUAGACUUGGCUAUGCAGCUGAACAUUGGAAUCUUUGAGUGGAACCGUGGUACAGGCUACCUCCUGAAGCCAGACUUCAUGUGCAGGCAGGACAGGCAGUUUGACCCUUUCGCUGAGUCCACGGUGGACGGCAUCAUUGCUGCUUCUGUCACUUUAAAGGUUCUCUCUGGCCAGUUUCUGACAGAAAAACGUGUUGGCACCUAUGUGGAAGUAGAGAUGUAUGGAUUACCAACGGACACAGUGCGUAAGCGACGUACGAAAGUAGUCCCUUUGAAUGGCAUUAACCCAGUGUAUGAUGAUGAGCCUUUCAGUUUUAAGAAGGUUGUGCUGCCUCAUUUAGCUUUAAUACGCGUGUCUGCUUAUGAAGAGACAGGACGCAUGAUUGGCCACAGAAUACUCCCAAUAGAAGGCCUGAGACCAGGUUAUCGUCACAUUCCAUUGCGAAAUGCUCUGAACCAACCGCUGAAUCUCCCCACACUUUUUGUUCAUCUCUCUGUAAAAGAUUAUGUACCAGAUGCCUUUGAAGACUUUGCAGCAGCCCUGGCAAACCCCAUAGCUUACCAGUCCAUGCUCGAAAAACAUUCCAAACAACUAGAAGUAUUGAUGGAGGACUUUGAUGUAGAGUCCAAUAAUGCUCAAGCUGGAGUUCAGGAUGACAAUGUUGAAACCAGCACAAGCAUUCCACCUUCUAACUUUACCAAGAAGAGAACAGACUCCCUGAUGUCCAAGACGGACUCUGUUGUGAGCGCCUCUUCAACUGAGGGAAAAAAUGGCUUGAAUCGAAAGGGCAGCAAACAUGCUGUGUUGAGUCAACAGGAAAGCACAGGUUCGGCAUUGUCCCAGUCAUCUAGCACAGGGAGUACACCAGCUGGGGCGACUCAUCAAGAUGUCACAAAAAUUCUCUCGGGGACUGAAUCAAGUGCCCAGUUGUCCACAGCAUCAUUUCUUGGGACCACCAAACUGGCUAACCCAGAAAUGUCAGCCGCCAUCUCUCUGGAAGAACUUAAACAGCAGAGACCCUUCCUUAAGUACAGACUCAAGAUGAAGAAAGAGAUUGAAAAGCUACAAAAGAAGCAUCAGAAGGCUAAACAAAAUAUGCAGGAUGUCCACAGAACUAUAGAGCAGAAGCUUCUGGUGUCUCACUUCAAAGCAGUAAGAUCCAUGGAGAAAAAACACAGAAAGAUACUCAAGAAAGCAGGCAGGAAUGGAUCAUUGGAGAACUUGCAGCCCUCACUUGACCAACAGCUCAACCAGCUGAAGGAUUCACAAAAACGAGAGCGUGCAGAAAUGAAGCGUAUCCACAGUGAAGAUUUGAUAGAACUGUCACAGUCUCAUUUCCAACUUGAGCUAGACAGUGUGCGUGCGCUGGACAAACCCAUGUACGACCUGAUGGAUCAAAUCCUGCAGACAAGCCUAGAUGAUAGAUUGGAGAUGCUGAGAGAUAUACAUGAAGAUGAAGUGGAUCUCCUGAAAAAACGGCUUGCGCAGCAAAACAGGGAGGAGAUUAAGGCAUUACAGAAAAAGCAUAAAGACAAACAAGAGUUAUCAAGGGUAAAACGUGAAAACCAGCAUAAACAUAUUACUAUGGCAGUAGCAGAAAGAGAAAAGCUGAAGGGUUUGCUAGAAAAGAGAGUAACUGAAGUGAAAGAAAAUCACGAGGCGGUGAAGAAAACACUAGCAGAAGAGAGGCAGAAGAGAAAUGAAGAUCUGCAACAAGACUAUGAAGACAAGUGUCUAAAGAUAGAGCAGGAGUAUCGGGAGUGGUAUCGCUGGAAGUCCAUGGAGAUUUUAAGCACUCUUUCGAUAGCAGACAGCGUAGAUGAUCUCACUUCAGAUGAUGAGUCAACCACUCAGUUGUUGUCUGUGAAGCCUCUGUAAUGAUGAUGGCACUGUGCAAUGAGACAUCGGAAAAAUGAGAAGAGUCCAUGUCCGUUGUCUAGGGUAGCCUUUUUAAUUGAAAAG